AUGCAAGAUGUCCAACUGAACGCUGUCGAACCUGCUCGAGCCAGUACUGACGAUGAUGACAUUGUACGCCAAGUGACCCAUCUCGAGGACGAGUUCUACCAAGAAGGCUACAGAGAAGGCUUUGAGCAUGGCAAGCUGCAUGGCGUGUUCGAAGGACGAGCAUUGGGAGCGGAGAAAGGAUUUGAGAUAUGGGAGGAAGUAGGCUUCAUUGCAGGCAUGGCUGCCCAAUGGGCUUCCUCGCUCUCUCAUCCCUCGCUCAAUCUUACAGCCGACAAGCAGACGAGGAUCAAAGCACAGAUUGAUCAAAUUCUGCAUCUUGUCGACCGGAUGCCUAUACAGAAUGAUUCCUCCCACCUCGACAAGCCGAGCACAUUCGACCCUGCAACAGAUGCAAUGCACUUGGUCAGCUCGGAAGAGGCAGAUCAGGCGAUGCAGGCCGUCCAAGCAACGCCGGAGAGCGAGAGGGAGGACAUAGCUGCGCUGAUGACUUCGAUUCGGUCCAAGUACCGUCUGUUGUGCAGCUCGCUAGGUGUCAGGCCUCGUCUGCGUACUGCUGCUGCAGCUGCCAAGCUCAAGCAGCAACGUGCAGCCGCAGCAAGCUUCAAGGCUCCGAGCAUCAGACCCUUGCCCGGCUACGCAUCACAAGGCACUGUUGCCCUGCCUAAACGACAACAAUCUGUCUACGAGAUUGACGAUGACGCCGGUGCUCUGCUCGAGUUUCCCGGCUCGGAUGAAGAGAAUCAUACAGCUGGGCUGCCUCAGCUCUCGUGCUACAAAGUCUCCAGCAAGAUGGGGAGCCUGAAUCGAGCCAGGAGUACGAUGAUCGAGGACGAUCUCGCACAAGCUCAGACACCCGCUAAGCGGCCCAAACUGUCCGAGCAAGAUCCCAAUCGACCUGCACAAACCAUAGCCAGUCAGACGUCAGCCAUUUCUCGGUCGACUCAGCCGCCCGAGAAAUCCUACUAUUGUCUCUGGCGCAAACCGUCAUCGAAGAAGCACAAGACCUGGGAAGGCGACGGCCUUCUCAUCCAGCGUGGAGCGGUCCUCAUCUUGCGCGACAGAGAAACUGGCAAAGAGCUGUCAGUCGGCUCUCGGCCGGUUGCAUUAGCACUCUCAGCAGGCGACGAGCUCUCGGUCGGCUCGAAGGAGAUCGAAAUCGAGGGGCCUGCUUCUGGUGGGCAAAGCUCGGUCGUUGCACCUCACACAUAUGUCCCAUCAACACCAUCAAUGUCGCGGCCCUUGCCCAAACCGCGGCCGAAGAUGCCAUUGAUACCGACGGCUAAUGCGAGCGCUAACAAAGCCGUCAGCGAGCUUCUGCAAGGCGGUUCCGUCGCGCCCACCGACUUUUUCAAGGGCUCCUCCAAGAGUACAUCACGAUCGACAUUCAAAGCUCAUUCUUCUCUCGCUUCGCGCUAUGAUCCCAAAGCGGAUGGCGCAGUCGUGCUUACCCGACCGCCGGCUGAGCUCUUCGCUCGCAAUAAGCAGACUGCUACGCUUGUGAACGAUGUCGUGCUCGAUCCCUUACUCUGCAAACACCUUAGACCGCAUCAAAAAGAAGGCAUACAGUUCAUGUACGAAUGCGUAAUGGGCUUCAAGUCGGAAGGAACGGGCUGUAUCCUUGCAGACGAGAUGGGGCUGGGCAAGACGGUGCAAUCCAUCGGGCUGAUAUGGACCCUACUCAAGCAGACGCCUUACGCGACUUCAGGUAGCGUCAUAGGCCGUGCUCUCAUCGUUUGCCCCGUUACGCUCGUCAAGAACUGGUCUCGAGAAUUCUCCAAAUGGCUCGGUAGAGAACGCAUCGGGGUCUUUACUGCAGAUGCAAAGAGCAACAUCAAGAGCUUCACAAAGAGCAAGACAUAUGCUGUCCUCAUCAUCGGCUACGAGCGCCUGCGGACGGUAGUAGAAGAUCUCGAAAAAUGUAGUCCUCCCAUCGGCGUAAUCAUCUGCGACGAGGGCCAUCGACUCAAGUCGGCUGGCGCCAAGACGACCCAAGCUCUGCGCGCUUUGUCAGCAGAGAAGCGAGUUAUUCUCACAGGCACGCCAAUCCAGAACGACCUGUCAGAACUCCACACGAUGGUCGAUUUCAUCAUCCCAGGUGCACUCGAUUCUUACGCUACGUUCAAAAAAUGCUUCGAGGUGCCCAUCCUCAAAUCUCGCGAACCUCAUGCAUCCUCCGAAGUUCGAGGUCUGGGUCAGGCGAGAAGUGAUCAGCUGGCGAGCAUCGCCCGCUCAUUCGUCCUGCGUCGCACGUCCGAAGUCAUUGCACAGUUCCUACCGCCUAAGCAGGAAUACGUGCUCUUUGUGCGGCCGACUCAGCUUCAGAUCAGGCUGUAUAAGAAGAUCCUUGAGACGCCCGCCGUACGCGCAAUCUUCUCUGGCAAAGGCGGAAACCAUCUCGUGCUCAUCUCGGCACUGAAGAAACUCUGCAACUCGCCAGGCUUGCUCGUGAAGCAGCUAGAUCAGCAACACGUCAAGGAUGCCGAGGACGAAGUCACAGAAAGCAUUGCCGAAGAAUUACCUUCCGGCUUGGAUGUGAACGAUGUCCAUCUGUCCGGCAAAGCCCUUGCACUUGCGAAUCUACUCGAAUCGAUCAAAGAGAAGACGGAAGAGAAAGUCGUGCUCGUAUCCAACUUUACACAGACGCUCAACAUACUCGAAGCUUUUUGCAAGACUCGUCGGUACGGCUACUGUCGCCUCGAUGGCGCAACCGCGCAGAAGGCCAGACAAGGCAUCGUCGAGACAUUCAACCGCGCCUCGCAAAAAGCUCAAUUCAUCUUCCUGCUUAGCUCAAAGUCGGGCGGCGCAGGCCUCAAUCUCAUCGGUGCAUCUCGGCUCGUACUUUUUGAUAGCGACUGGAACCCCAGCAACGACCUUCAGGCGAUGGCACGCAUUCAUCGCGAUGGACAGAAGCGACCUUGCCAUAUCUACCGUUUGCUUGCCACCGGUACACUCGACGAGAAGAUUUUUCAGCGUCAGAUUAUCAAACAGGGACUCGCGGGCAGUCUGAUGCAAGGCGAAGGAAGCACGAAGACAAGCGGCAAGCAAAGUGGCAACAGCAAGUCUGGUACUUCCGACGCGUUCUCGCUCGACGAGCUCAAGGCAAUUUUUGCGCUGCACACUGAGACAGCGUGUCACACCCAUGAUCUGCUGGGCUGCCGGUGCCGCAGGGGACGUUCGCGCUCGACAACGCGAUCUACCGAAGCAGAAGACAGCGAUGAAGAACAGAACGAGGAGGUGACAUUCAUCAGUGCCGGCGAGAUCCGCCCUUCAGACCAGAAGAAACACUUGGCAGCGCUCAAAGAUUGGACUCAUAUCGAUUGUCAAGACACCGACGGCGGCGACUUUGAUGAUCCGGUGCUCUCCGAAGUCAUCGCGGCCAAUGCGACCAAGAGCAAAGGCGCUAUCACUUUUGCUUUCACACGCUUCUCGACUGACAAAACGAUGGCCGAGCUCGAAGGUCAGGCAGGCUGUGCAGACGACCGCAUCUUGACGACGGCAAAGUGGCACACGACAAGCCCCAAGCGCGCACGAGAGGCUGACGACGGCUGUCAUGUCGAACAAGCCGCUCCUACCGACGACGGGCACGACUACGAGCCCUCCAAGUGGCAUGCUCAGGCCAAGCUCGACGCUGAUCAGCUACCUGGCGAUCCAGAGGCUCAGACACAAAGGACAACCUCAUACCAUGAGAACAUCACGCCUUGGCUGCGUCAUGCACAAGAUCGACUGAGAUUCGGCCGUCCAGACGGGCCAUGGGGGCCACCACCACCCGGCGGCAGACCACUAGAUGGCCCGAAUCCGUUGGAUGGCUAUCGUAUGUCACCUACGACGGAUGAACAGGUGCAAGCCGGCGUGCCUGUGGACGCGCCUAUCCAUACCGACGUGCCUGAGCGAAGGCCCGACGCACCAGUCACGAACAGACCGACAGUGCUUGCCAUGCGUGUGGAAGGGCCUAGUAAUCCAGAGCAUCUCUUGCUUCGCUACACACCCCUGCCAAAGCGACCGCUAGUAACAGCAGCAGAUGAUCCUUGGCCAGAUAGGCCAGAGAUUGCGAGCACUUGGCUCUCUUCCAAACGACCACGACGCGAUCCAGAUCCGCCGGUAUGGCCGAAGGAAUAUCCUAACAUGACUGCACCACUCGCGCUGUCUGCACAGAUUCCGUUCUCGAGUCUGAAAAAGCCAACUUUCGAAUCUUCUCCGCCGUUAGCACAACGGCAUGAUCUGCCACGCGUACAGUACGACUUUGAAGCAGACAUCAAAGCGGGGUCUGGCGAGACGCCUGCUCGCAAGGAAGAGCGUUUGCAGAGACGCGAUUGGACAAAGCGUGCGAUCAUACAUGCUUGGGAAGGCUACAAAGCUGCAGCUUGGGAGCACGACGAAGUUCGGCCAGUGACGGGCGCACCUAACGACAACUUCAACGGCUGGGGUGCAUCGCUCGUCGACGCGCUUGAUCUCAUGAUCAUGAUUGGCGAGGAUCGUGAGUACAACUUGUGCAGAGCGCACGUUGCUGCGAUCGAUUUCACAAUGACAACGGGGGCAAAGUCUGCCUAUGGCGGCGGCGAUGGCCGAACGAUACCCGUCUUCGAGACCAACAUUCGCUAUCUUGGUGGUCUCAUCGCUGCAUACGAUAUUACUGGCGACCAGCUCAUGCUCGAUCGAGCACGUGAGCUUGCAGAUUGGUUCAUGGGUUGCUUCAACAAUGCCGAAAGUCUUCCCCUUGGCCGGUGCGUCUUCGGCCGCGAUUACCACGGCGCGCCAGGUGGCGAUCAUGGCGUGGCAGAGAUGGGCUCGAUGUCGAUGGAAUUCGCUCGCAUCAGUCAGCUUACUGGCGAUUCGACUUACUUUGACGUCGUGCAGCGGAUCAUUGAUUUCGUCGAGAAGAAGAUACCAGCGACUGCAACAGGUCGCCUCGGCUCCCUACUGCCCACGCAUCUAAAUGCUGCUUAUCCUCAAAGCCUACGCGGCACAUACACUUGGGGCGGCGAAGCUGACUCUUACUACGAAUACCUGAUUAAAACUCAUCAGCUGCUGGGUGGAGCCACUGAGCAGUACGCUCGCGUUUAUGCAGAUGCAGUCGAUUCUGCAUAUGUGCAUCUCAUCCGCAACGUGACCGCUGUACCCGGUGAGGAAUUCUUGACUGUAGGCAAGGCAGGCUGGCGGGAUGUCGAACUAAAGGUCGACCAUCUAGCGUGCUUUGCGGGCGGCAUGCUCUCGCUCGGCGCUCGUUUACUCGGUCGACCUCGGGAUCACGAUGCGGGCAGACGCUUCACGAAGACCUGUGCGUUCACCUAUACGGGCUUCAAGUCGGGCGUCGGCAGCGAGUCGUUGACAUUCUACAACCAUAACGAUACCGACCGUUUCCAGACUCUCACAGAUGCCUACACUGGCGAGAAGUAUCUUCAGCAGAAGGGGCACUUCGUUCCAGGUGUGCGAUAUAAGCAAGGCACCUAUCUGGGCAGGCCAGAGGUCAUUGAGAGUGUCUUUUACCAAUGGCGGAUCACCGGCGAUCCCUUCUGGCAGGACGAAGCCUGGCGUAUGUUCACCGCUUGGGUGAACGUGUCCAUAACCGAUCAUGGCUUUGCGAGCGUGGGAGAUGUCAACAUCGAUGACCCAGCGACGUCGCUGCGAGAUAGUCAGGAGAGCUUCGUACUCGCAGAAACACUCAAGUACUACUACCUGAUCUUCUGCGAAACGGACUUUAUGUCAUUGGAUGAUUGGGUCUUUACGACCGAGGCGCAUGCCUUCCGUCUCGGUACGCAAAAGCCAACCUAUACUUGGGCCGGACCAGAUGACGAGGUCAUGCGAAAAUACACAAAUCCGCACCUCAAUCAAGUCGAGCAGCAAUGGCCAAGACGGAAUGGCUGGGGAACGUUCUUGCAGCGUCAAGCUCGAGCGACAGCCGCUAAAGUCAAUUCGGCGAGAGAUGCGAUUGCGCGAAAGCUCGGCAAUCUGCAGUCUGCGCCAGACCCAGAUAACGGGCCGGUCAACCGGAUGGGUCCUCGACCCGUGGGCCUCGGAGGCUCGCGCGUCUUGUGA